GGGUGGCUGCUGCUGCGGGUUGUUACAGCUGCUAGAGCAGCAGCGGCCCCCGCCCCCGCUCCUGUCCCGGGGCACUACUCCCGGGCCCCCGACCUCCGGCCCCGCAGGUGAGGACUCCGCCUCCUCGCUCCUCCCUCUCUCCCGUCUAGUGGGGGAUUGCCUCGGUGCUGUCAGUCUUUUCAUUCCCAUCGCCCUUCUGUAUCCCAAGGCUGGCCGGAGCUGAGAGAACAGUGUCCGAGAGGGGCAGCAGGAUGAACGUGGGCACAGCGCACAGCGAGGUGAACCCCAACACGCGGGUAAUGAACAGCCGUGGCAUCUGGCUGUCCUACGUGCUGGCCAUCGGGCUUCUCCAUGUGGUGCUGCUCAGCAUCCCUUUUGUGAGCGUCCCUGUUGUCUGGACCCUCACCAACCUCAUCCACAACAUGGGCAUGUACAUCUUCCUGCACACGGUGAAGGGGACACCGUUCGAGACCCCGGACCAGGGCAAGGCGAGGUUGCUGACCCACUGGGAGCAGAUGGACUAUGGGGUCCAGUUCACGGCCUCUCGGAAGUUCUUGACCAUCACACCUAUUGUGCUGUACUUCCUCACCAGCUUCUACACCAAGUACGACCAGAUCCAUUUCGUCCUCAACACUGUGUCCUUGAUGAGCGUGCUCAUCCCCAAGCUUCCCCAGCUCCACGGAGUCCGGAUUUUUGGAAUCAAUAAGUACUGAAGGUGCAGCACCCUCCCCCCCCGGCCUAGGAUGGCAGGGGUAGGGUAGAAGGCCUGUACUGCAAUGCUGAAGACAGAAGGAGCCUCUGGACACUGCCAGAGACGGGGGCUGAGCCUCUGGGCCCUAGAUUCCCCCUUGCUUCCCGUAGUAGCCAACUUGGAGUAGCUUGUAGUGGGGUUGGGAUGGGCCCCCCCAGGCCUUCGACCCCCUCUGAUUUUUUUUGUCUUUUCCUUUUACCUUUUGAGUAGAGACUCCAUGGGUGGUCACAGAAUGGGCUGGGCUCCCAGGCUGAACAUGUGAGGUUGGGGCAGGAGACUAGGGAAACCCCAUGCUCACUUGCUCACCCUCAGAAGGCUAAAGCACUUUAACCCCUGUGAGGGGAGCAGAAGGGACGGUACAACUUCUAGAUCCUUUCACUUUAAUUCUUAAGUCUUUAAGAUGACAGUAUGCUUGUAAAUACCAGAGCAGGCAUGUGCUGACGCCUCAUCCCUCUGGGCAAGAACUGUCUAAUUCAAGUCUCAUGCUUUUGGCAGUUCCCCUGCAACCCACUCUGGGUACUGGGUGGGGCUGGGGAGGGUGAGGAGAGGGCUGAUGGGGCGGGGUGUGGAUUCCCUGGUAUCAGAGGUGCGGAGCCAGGGCCAAUACCAACCCAAAGAGAUCCAAACCCACAGCUGUCUCCCUUCUCUAUUUCCACUGCCAUUGUAUAGGUGAAUUACUCUUCCAAGCCUACUCCUCUCCCUGCCCACAUCCCAAAGGAUGAGGGUGGAUCUAGCUCUGUCCCGGCCCUCCUCCCUGCCAAUCAAUCUCUGCUGCUGUGUGUUUGGAACUCUUGGGUUGGCCGGAGGGGAUGGAGAUAGACGAAGAGUCCCGAGUCGCAGUUCUCACAAGUCCAGUUUGACACUGCCUUCUGCAGUGAUGUGAGGGGUGUGGAGAAGCUGGGACAGAAAUGAUGGGUCCUGGGGCCCCUCACGCAGAUGGCACUGCAGCAGGGCCCCUCUUGUGUGGCAUGCACACGUCGGGGUGUGAAGCCACUCCCACCCUGGCUGGUGGGCUGCUUAAGCAGGGCAGUGGAAGGAACAAAGAGUGGCCUGCAGGUGCUGUCCUCUCAGCCUGUGAGGUAAAGAGAAGUGGGUCCGGAGCCUGAGCACAGGCCUGGAGAGGAGCCUUCGACUCCUCUCCCCAGUCCGAUGGGGUCUCUGUUACUUUUGAAAAGCUGUGGGUGCCUGUGUCUUCUCAGUGGGGCCUGAGGGAGCAGAGGAGGUCACUGGCCCUGUUUUCUGCCUCCUAGCCCCCCAGUCCCCAGCCCAUGUAUCAUAGGCAACUUUCACCUCGAAAUCUUUCUAAGCAAAGUGUGAAUGAAUAGGAUUUUUACUCCCUUUGUACAGUAUUCUGAGAGACGCAAAUAAAGGGCAAUGUGUUCCUGUU